UUGUAUUUCGAACAGCGCGGAGCCCGCGACGCCGCCGCGACCGUUGCACGAACAUCGAACUUCUUCCGCGUUUGAAAUCAGAAUUGUCAUGUGUUCUCUAUUCGAAAGUGAAUCGCGUACCUGCCAAAAGUUUUAAAAGUUUGUUUUAAGUUCGGAAUUUCAGUUUUGUUUUUUUCUAAGUGGCCAGCAAUUUUUGUCUCUACAUUGUUGUGUUGUUGGAGGCUUGUGAGGGAGUUUUGCGUUUUGUUUGCGAUUUUGUUUUUGCAUUAUGAAUGGGUUUUGUUCGCUGUGUGUUUAUGUGACGUGGUAGAGUGACUGCUGAGGAGAGUUCAAGUUGCGAGGAACUUUGGGAGCGGUAAAAUGGAGCUUUUUUACAAAGUUCUGUAUCCGCUCUUGCUUUUCGUCGACGCUGCCAUGGGGAACUGGUGGAACAUGGCAGUGUCAGAGUCUGCCGGCACGCUGAACAACACCAUCGAGUCGGCGCCCCCGCUGCGGCGGGAUUCGUGUCAGCGGCUGACAUUCCUCGUGGACCGGCAGAAGCAGCUGUGUCAGCUGAGCGAUCAUAUCGUGCAGGUGAUCCAAUCCGGCGCUGAACAAGCUCUCGAGGAGUGUCAGCACCAGUUCCGCCACAGCCGCUGGAACUGCAGCACUGUGAACAACUCCACCGAUAUCUUCGGAGGGGUGCUCAAGUUCAAAUCCCGAGAGUCGGCCUUCGUCCACGCGUUGUCUUCAGCGGCUCUGGCCCACUCGGUAGCCCGCGCGUGCAGCCGUGGUGAGCUGAACGAGUGCUCCUGUGAUGGAAGAGUGAGGAAGAGGACGCCGCGGCACUGGCAGUGGGGAGGAUGUUCUGAGGAUAUUCGAUACGGAGAAAUGUUCAGUCGAGAUUUCGUGGAUUCAAAAGAAGAUAAGAACUCUGACGAAGGACUGAUGAACCUGCACAACAAUGAGGCUGGACGAAGGGCGGUCCGCAGUCGUAUGCAGCGCGUGUGCAAGUGCCACGGCAUGUCGGGCUCGUGCUCCGUGCGCGUGUGCUGGCGCCGGCUGCCGCAGCUGCGCCUAGUGGGCGACGCGCUCGCCACCAGAUACGAGGGCGCUUCGCAUGUCAAGGUGGUGGACAGAAAGAGAGGGAAGAACAUCAGAAAGCUCCGUCCCCUUCACCUGGACAUGAAGAAGCCGAACAAGACCGACCUGGUGUAUCUGGAGGACUCGCCCGACUACUGCGAACCUAAUGACGAGCUCGGAAUCCUCGGCACCCGCGGUCGCACUUGCAACCGCACGUCGAUUGGGCUCGACGGUUGCCGGCUGCUGUGCUGCGGGCGUGGCUAUCAGACCCGGAUCAGGGAUCACGAGGAGAAGUGUCGCUGCCACUUCGUGUGGUGCUGCAAGGUGCACUGUGACGUCUGCCGCUCGAAGAGGGAUCAUCAUGUUUGUAACUAGAUCGCGGUUGAACUUGUCACAUGCCGAGUUGCAGAAAGAACUUUAGCUAAUGAUGUUGGCAGGAAUUCUAAUUUUAGAGCUUUCAAAACCUUGAGUAAUUUCUUUGUUUAAAAUUCGACUCUGUGGGUGUUUCUGUAAAUGUCAUUUUUUGCUAGGAAAUUUUAUAGCUUGACAGCGUUUAAAUUAGUAUUUUUGCCUUUCGACAUCAAUGCAAGGCAUCAAUUUCAGCAUUUAAUCUAUGUCUGUCUCUUUCUGUACGUACACUGUCAAAGCAAGGCAUAAUAUUUAAGGUCGACGUUAGCUUAAAGUUCCUUUCUGCAACUCAGAGAUAGUAACUAUAGGCCCGUAUUGACAGCUACAUAAUGUAUGAAAUCAAGUUAAGUAACUAUUGGAGCUACAAAAGGUUUUUUUUUUUCUUACGUUUCACAAUAAUAAGCCAUGAGCCACAAUAAUACCUCAUGGAAGUAAUAAGUAAGUACUUUAAGUACUUAUUACUUCUAUGGCCAGACUAUUGUGUCGUGUUUUGUUUUUUCAAGAAAUUCAAGAGUAAAUUGCAAUUUCGUGUAGCUUUAAAAACUUAAACUGGUCUAUUAUUAUUGUGAGGAGUGUAGAAGAAGGUGCAAGCAUAUUUAGAUGACAUUAUUGGUAGAUAAUUCUUCUUGGGUUUGGAAAAAAUAUGAGAAAUCAUUUUUGGUAAUUCUACACCGUAUCUGCAACUAAAUCAGGGGAUUAGUGAAAAGUCUGUCACGAAAUGUUUUUAUGUACCUAUGUGUCGACCGUGCCCGUGACCUAGUUUCAGAUGUGCAUCUACGAAAGACACAACCUGUAUAGCAUUGAAACUUUGACUCUUCAUCCGUACCCGUCUAUAACCCGAAUUUUCAUGUUUUUGGUUCUUUUGAGUAGUUUAUAGAUUACUGGAAGUCGAAAUAAAUAUUAUUAUUAUGAAAUUUUGUAAACUUUUGCAAUACUAACGUUACUUAGACUGCUAGGCUAUUUUACUUUUAGACUGAUUCUAUUUUAUAUUUUUAUUUAUAAAGAAGGCUUAAAAUAUUCGUUUACAUUUGAAGAAUUAGCUUUAUUUACAGUAUUACUAACUUAUUUAAUUCAUUUAAAAUGUAUAUAGCUUGUAAAUAAAGCUCCAGUUUAUAUUGUAAUACUUUAUUUUGUAAAUAUUUUUUUUAUUAUGUACUUAAUAAAUGUGCUUAUGUGGAACAUGAAUUAUAUUUUUUUUCUACCUCAAUCGAGUAACGUUUCGUUUAAAUCAUGUUUUUGAAACACAUUUUGCUAUGCUUACUUAAAUUACAUUAAGAUUUAAUAAUAUUAUACUGUAAUAACCAACUAGUUGUAUUGGUAAGCUCAUAGCGAUCUUUAAACAUUUGUAAAUAGUAUUUAAGAAUAAUUUUAGUAAUUUAUUGAUUUAGAUGUGAUAGCUUUAAUUGUCCUUAAUGAUCAAAAGUAGAGGUAAGAAUUCACUCAAUGUUUUUUUUAAGUUUAACUGAUACUCCUAAAGUUUGUAUAUAUAUUUUUAGUUAAGUUUACUAGUUAUGUCUUAGUAGCUAUUUUAAGUUCGAUAAGUUGUAUCAAUGAUUAAUUUUAAUAAUUUGAGUAUGCCUCGGAUUUUCUUGGUUUGCAGUAGAUAAAAUUUAAUCAAAUAAAACACCUGAAACAAACAAACACUAACCAUAUUGCUAUGUAAUUAUGUGAUUUUGACAGAUUAAUUAUUUGGUGAAACGGUCUCUUACCUGCAUUUAUUAUGCAAAAGUAAUGUUUAGCCCACGGAAUUUUAAACAAUUUAAGGCUUGAUUAUGUAAUGUCUAUUAGUAAGAUAAAUGAAUCAUACUUUUCAUACAUAAGUGUUUUUUUAUACAUGUGUAAUUCGGUGUAUCGGUAUACUAAUUACAUACAAGUCUUGCUUAAGACUAUUAGAAUAACCAUUUUAAUACUGAAGAUUUAGACGAAUAGAUAUUUGAUGUAAAUGGCGUAAAUAAAUGUAUUAGAAAAGAUAA